AUGCAGGGGCCGUGCGGUCUCUUUCGGCCCCUCGCGCGGAUCCGGCCGCCGACGAUGCAUCGGCACGUCGUCACUCCACAGUGUCAACUGGUUCCGUGGACCUACCUGCAUGCGAAUUCCUCGGGUAAUCCUCGGGAAGUGGUGCACGGAGGAGUGUGCGCCCUGUUCUACGUGGUCACGGGAAGCCUGCUCAUCAACAACGUGACCGACAUCCACCAGACGCAGCUGACGCGUCUGGUCCUCACCUCGGGGAUCUUCUGCCUCCUCCUGGCGCUGGUCUUCAUCGUGGACAUGAUCUUCGUCGGGUGGAAGUGGCGCAGGACCAUGGGAUAGACCCGAGGAACCCACGAUUUCCAC